AGCCAUUUUGGCUCAAGGCGAUUUGGCUCAGCCCGCUGCAGCCUGCACAAGCAGCGGCCUCCUAGCCUCAGUCCGCGCGAAACCCUAUCCCGAUGGCCUGCCUGGUGCUCGCGGCCGCCGCCCUCUUGUCAGCCGCCCCCGCCGCCGCGGGUCAGGGGUGCGGAAUCCUUUUCUCCUACAGCGACGGCAGCGCCACAUGCGAGAUCGUAUGCCAUAAGCCGGUGCCCACGACAUGCGAAGGUGUGGACUCGUGCUGCCAGUGGUUCUCGGAGAGGGUGCAGUCUCUGGCGGAUGCCCGAACUGGGAAGGAGGGUCAGCUCGUCGAGUCCGACUCCAAUGACCCAGAAAAAGUGAAGGACCUGCUUUGUGAGCAAGUGCUCGGCGAGCUGUACGAGAAGUGCCCGGCCUGCAAUGGCGGCGAAGAGCAGUGCGCCCUCAAGGAUGAUUCGGAGAACCUCGACAGGCUCUACUCUGUGAUGGACGGCCUGCCGUUGGCAGGGCGACGGUCUCUCGCAAGCGUUGCGGCGAGCGGCCUGGCAGCGAUCGGGGGAGCGGCGCUGCUCGCAGCUGCCGCAGUGGCCUUCAUGCGCUAUGGCGCUUUCUCCGUGCAUGGGGGCAUCUCUGCGAGCGAGGCCGCGGGGGAGGGCCAGGGCGCCCCGAUCAUGGCGUUUGAGUGACCGAGCGCCGGGAGAUUCUGGGCAUGGGGCCUGUGCCAGGCGGGGCCUCAAAGCAAGCGCUCCGUAACUACUUAGAGAGUGUAGCGCCUCAAGGCAUGUUCUCCGCGCUGAAUUUUGGGAGCACGACAUGGUCCCCACUUUUUUGCCCGCGUAGAUUAGCGGGACUUCUCCUCCUCCUUUUUCCUACCCCUCCUUCCUCCUCCUCCUCGUCUCCUCCUCCUCCUCCUCCUCCUCCUCCUCCUCCUCCUCCUCCUUUCUGUCCUGCCAGCAGGGGGAUCCGUGCCGCGGGCGGCCGAAGCGCUGUGCGCUAUACCUGGUUCGAAGCAGAGUUUGUCGCUGCGCUCGCGCUGGAUCCUCGCAUGCAGCUGGGUCAGGCAGCAGCACGUUUUACACCCCCUUUCCCGCUGGGCUUUCGGCCGGGGGGGCGGCGGGGCCGGCAAGGUGGUAGGUGCACGCCUCCGCUCUUCCGUUGCCCCGGCCGCCGCCGCAGUGCACGGCCCGCGCAGCCUCGUCGUCGCAG